AGGGGGAGUGAAACCCCCCUCUUUCAGAAUGGUUUGCCCCAGCAGCACGGGCGAAGUACGUGCGCUUGUUUGUACGGCCGGCAGUUUCGAAUACAGCGACACAUAACGAACACUCUUGUGUCCGGUGUCUCGUUAUUCUGCAACAUACAUACAGAAACAUGGUGUCAGAAGUGACCAAACCAGCCUCCGGUGAGGGAGAGUGCAAAACGCUCCAUUGAGGGGGCUGGUAGAAGGAAGGAAAACAAAACGGAAAAGACUUAAGUGAAGUGAGUGAAGCAGCUGUUAGCAGCAAGCUAAGACAACAAGGAACAGCAUGGCAGCUAAUAUACCGCCACCGGAGGUGAUGAAGAUGAGUGGCGAUCUGGCAAGUAACUGGGACAAUUUCAGGUCUGAAUAUGAGGACUAUGUAUGAGCUACAGGAUUAAAGGAGAAAGGUAAAGAUGUGCAAGCAGCAACACUAAGAAGAGUGAUGGGCAGUGAAUGUCGUCACAUAUACAAGCAUAACCUGGGGCUGACGGAGGAGCACGGGAAGGACGCGGAUGCUAUCCUGGAUGCGUUGGAGACCUACUUUAAACCAGCAAGAAAUAUAAUAUUCGAGAGAUUUGUUUUUGGAACCUGUAAGCAAGAUGAGGGCGAGCCCAUUGAUUCAUUCAUAACUAAACUGAGGGAGAAGGCUGCUUCCUGCGAGUACGGACAACUCAAAGAGGAAUUAAUUCGAGACAGACUGGUGCUGGGGGUGAGUGAUGAAAAUGUACGCCGCCGUCUACUCAGACAGAAAGAUCUCACACUAGCAUCAGCCAUAGAGAUAUGCAGAGCUGCAGAAAUGACAGACAUCAGGAUACAAGCAAUCACACAGGACAGGUCACUAGAGACAGUGCAUGCAACAGAUGGCCCCAGGUCGUAUCUGGUGGACGUCGAGGGGACACUUUACCGUCGCAACCGUGUGCACCUACGGCCAGCAGAGAGAGUCGCUGAACACCGCCCUGAGCAUCAGCACAACAGUUCACCCACUGCAGAGCCCAGAGUUGCACCAAGCGAUGCAGUUGAGAAUGACGUCAAGAAAGACUCUUGACACAGUCACCCAGGAAGUCACACCUCACAGGCGGAUUGUGGGACACCAGCCUCAAGAUGACUCACCACCACAAGCACUUGUGCC